GAAAUUCAGCAAGGAUAUUGUUUUGGUGUUCUACUCAGAUCCCAGAGAUCUGCUUCUGCUUGUGUGUGAUUCAGAAUUGGCAAGAUCAGAUCUGGUCUCAGAGAUGGAGAAGUCGUGCACUCUGGUGGUCCACUUCGACAAGGGCACGCCGGCGCUGGCCAAUGAGAUCAAGGAGGCCCUGGAAGGAAACGACGUCGCUGCGAAGAUCGACGCGCUCAAGAAGGCCAUCAUGAUCCUCCUGAACGGCGAGACCAUUCCGCAGCUCUUCAUCACCAUUAUCCGCUACGUGCUCCCCUCCGAGGACCACACCAUCCAGAAGCUCCUCCUCCUCUAUCUCGAGAUCAUCGACAAGACCGAUUCGCGCGGCAAGGUCCUCCCUGAGAUGAUCCUCAUCUGCCAGAACCUCCGUAACAACCUCCAGCACCCCAACGAGUACAUCCGCGGCGUCACUCUCCGUUUCCUCUGCCGCCUCAACGAGUCCGAGAUCAUCGAGCCUCUCAUUCCCUCCAUUCUCGCCAACCUCGAACACCGCCACCCCUUCGUUCGCCGCAACGCCGUCCUCGCCGUCAUGUCCGUCUACAAGCUCCCCCAGGGUGAGCAGCUCCUCGACAGCGCGCCGGAGAUCGUGGACAAGUUCUUGUCCACCGAGCAGGAUCCUUCUAGUAAGCGCAAUGCCUUUCUUAUGCUCUUUUCUUGCGCGCAGGAUCGCGCCAUCAAUUAUCUGUUUACGAAUAUCGAUAGAAUUAUUGACUGGGGUGAACAGCUUCAGAUGGUGGUGUUGGAGCUGAUUAGGAAGGUUUGUAGGAGCAAUAAGGGGGAGAAGGGGAAGUACAUUAAGAUCAUUAUAUCCCUUUUGAAUGCUCCUUCCACUGCUGUUAUUUAUGAAUGUGCUAGCACCCUUGUGUCACUCUCUUCUGCACCCACUGCCAUUAGGGCUGCUGCUAGUACUUACUGUCAGCUUUUACUUUCUCAGAGUGAUAACAAUGUUAAACUCAUUGUGCUUGAUCGUUUGAAUGAGCUCAAGACUUCCAGUAGGGAAAUCAUGGUGGAGAUGGUCAUGGAUGUCCUUCGGGCACUUUCCACUCCCAAUCAUGAUAUUAGGCGGAAGACUCUUGAUAUUGCUCUCGAGCUCAUAACUCCCAGGAACAUUGAUGAGGUUGUUAUGAUGCUCAAGAAAGAGGUUGUCAAAACUCAGAGUGGGGAGCAUGAGAAGAAUGGGGAGUACAGGCAGAUGCUGGUGCAGGCUAUUCAUACUUGUGCCAUUAAGUUCCCGGAGGUGGCUAGCACUGUCGUGCAUCUGUUGAUGGACUUCUUGGGGGAUACCAAUGUGGCUUCUGCCAUGGAUGUGGUUGUUUUUGUGCGCGAGAUCAUCGAGACCAACCCCAAGUUGCGGAUUUCUAUCAUCACCAGGCUUUUGGAUACUUUCUACCAAAUCCGUGCUGCGAGGGUGUGCUCAUGUGCGCUCUGGAUAAUUGGUGAGUAUUGCCUGUCACUUUCGGAGGUUGAGAGUGGCAUUGCAACCAUUAAGCAGUGUCUUGGUGACCUCCCGUUUUAUACUGUUACUGAGGAAGGAGACGGUCAGGAGGCAUCGAAACCCAUACAGCAGGUGAACUCAACCACUGUGUCUUCUAGGAGGCCUGCUAUUCUUGCAGAUGGGACCUAUGCCACCCAGAGUGCUGCUCUGGAAACUGCCAUGUCACCACCCACCCUUGUACAGGGUUCUCUGUCCUCAAUUGGGAACUUGAGAUCACUCAUUCUUUCAGGUGAUUUCUUUCUUGGGGCUGUAGUUGCAUGUACACUGACAAAACUUGUGUUAAGGUUGGAAGAGGUUCAGACUUCAAAAGCCGAAGUUAACAAGGCAACUACACAGGCCUUGUUGAUCAUUGUUUCAAUGCUGCAGCUGGGUCAAUCUUCAAUUCUUCCACAUCCAAUUGAUAAUGAUUCUUAUGACAGGAUUGUCCUCUGCAUUAGAUUGUUGUGCAAUACUGGUGAUGAAAUAAGGAAGAUAUGGCUGCAAUCUUGCAGACAGAGCUUUGUGAAAAUGCUUGCAGAUAAGCAGCGUCGUGAGACUGAGGAGAUUAAAGCUAAGGCUCAAAUUUCUAAUGCACAGCCUGAUGAUCUUAUUGAUUUUUACCAUCUGAAGAGCAGGAAGGGUAUGAGCCAACUUGAGCUGGAAGAUGAGGUUCAAGACGAUCUCAAACGUGCUACUGGGGAGUUUACAAAGGAUGCAGAUGAUGCAAAUAAGCUCAAUCGCAUUCUUCAGCUCACUGGAUUCAGUGAUCCUGUUUAUGCUGAAGCAUAUGUCACAGUGCAUCACUAUGACAUUGUCCUUGAUGUUACUGUCAUCAACCGAACCAAGGAAACUCUUCAGAAUUUAUGUUUGGAGUUAGCAACCAUGGGUGAUCUCAAACUUGUUGAGCGUCCACAAAACUAUACGCUUGCUCCAGAAUCAAGCAAACAAAUUAAAGCCAACAUUAAGGUUUCAUCAACUGAAACAGGAGUUAUAUUUGGUAACAUAGUCUAUGAGACAUCUUCUAAUGUUCUUGAGAGAACAGUUAUUGUUCUAAAUGAUAUCCAUAUUGACAUCAUGGACUACAUUUCUCCUGCAUCUUGUGCCGAUGUGGCAUUCAGAACUAUGUGGGCUGAGUUUGAGUGGGAAAACAAGGUUGCCGUAAAUACAGUAUUACAAGAUGAGAGGGACUUCCUGAACCACAUUAUCAAGUCUACAAAUAUGAAGUGCCUGACUCCACCAUCGGCAUUGGAAGGGGAUUGUGGAUUCCUUGCUGCAAACCUUUAUGCUAAGAGUGUUUUUGGGGAAGAUGCUUUGGUGAAUGUGAGCAUUGAAAAGCAAUCAGAUGGUAAGUUGAGUGGAUACAUCAGAAUAAGAAGUAAAACUCAGGGAAUUGCCCUCAGUCUUGGGGAUAAGAUAACUUUGAAACAGAAGGGAGCCGCUUAAUAGGAGUAAAUGCCCGUUUUCUCUGAUGUUUCUUCGCUUAUAUCAACUUUGUGUAGCUUCUUGUGGCGGCUAACUUCAAGCUUGGUUAUUGCUUCAAAUUCUGCGGCUUUUGGUGGCAGCCCGCUUGUUAGUAUUAAUUUUUUUUUCCCUUUUGAAUUUCCAAUUUUGUCUGUAUUCUUUCCUUGGAUAUUGCUUAAGAAAAAUCCUUAUUAGUUAUUACCCAUCUUUUAUUUUUCUACACAUGGGGAGGGACACCGUCUAUUGAUAUGAGAAUCAAUCUAGUGACUAUUUGUUCUGGUUGGCCUUGCAUACAUAUGUUCGCGUGUCUUAGGAUAAUAAUCAUUAAUGAUAAAUGGUAGUUGUCACGUGAA